AUGAUUAGUAUCCACUUCUUUAUGUACUUUGUUCAUCUCCUCCUAAUUUUUUUCUUCUCACUACUUGGAACUGCAUCCUACCUACAAGUUAUUAAACCCGUUUCAUGCACCCAAAGCCCUGUUUUCAAAUGCUCAAAAGUGGAGAGGGAAGCACUUCUUAGCUUCAAAGAAGGUCUCACGGAUCCAUCGGGUCGUCUCUCUUCUUGGGUUAGUGAUGAUUGCUGCAAUUGGAUAGGUGUUGCCUGUGACAACAACACGGGAUAUGUCGUCAAGCUUGACCUCAAGAACCCAUUUCCGGUUAGUGAAUUUAAUUUUAUUAAUGAAGAAAGUUCAACCUCUUAUAAUCUAGACUAUGAGUAUCAUUAUGAUGAAGUAGUAAGAGCUUACCACAAGUCAUGUUUGGGGGGUAAGAUAAGUCCUUCAUUACUCAAUUUAAAGCAUUUGAGUUACAUGGACCUAAGCUUGAAUGAUUUUCAUGGAUACAAUGUUCCAAAAUUUUUGGGUUCCCUUGAGGGUUUGAGGUAUCUCAAUCUCUCUUUCUCAAUGUUUGCUGAAGUUCUUCCUAGCCAUCUUGGGAAUCUUUCAAGACUGCAAUAUCUGGACCUCAAUUCAUUUUCAUCCUCCAUCGACCCAUAUUAUUUCUCCCCAGGAUUGGAGGUUGAAAGCCUGCAGUGGCUUGUUGGUUUUCCUUCUCUUAGGUACCUGAAUCUGGGAGACGUAAAUCUUAAGAAAGUACUAAAUUGGCUUGAUGUGGUUAAUAUGCUCCCUUCCUUGGUGGAGUUACACCUAGUUAAUUGUGGACUUGUUAGUCUUCCUCACUCUAUUUCCUCCAUCAACUUCACAUUGCUUUCAGUCCUUGAUCUCUCUUCCAACAGUUUUAAUUCCUUUAUACCUCACUGGUUGUCAAAUGUGAGUGGCCUUUCAUUAAUCAAUCUUGAUUCCAGUUCGCUUAGAGGUGCUAUUCCAGUUGGUCUGGGACAUCUAACUAGCUUGCGCAGCUUGAAUUUAGCUGGCAACCAUUUUACUGGAAAGAUUCCAAACUCAUUCGCCAACCUUUGCAAUUUGCAAACAUUAGAUCUGAAGAGCAGCAAUAUAAGUGGGGAUAUAACUGAAUUUGUUGAUGGCUUAUCUCAAUGUUCCAACAGUAGCCUUGAGUAUCUAUAUUUGAGUAAAAAUAUGUUGCUCGGGGGCAACUUGCCCUAUUCAUUGGAAGGACUCAAGAAUUUGAAAACUAUUGAUUUCCAAGGCUGCUCUUUUUUGGGUUCAAUUCCAGAUUCUAUUGGAAACAUAUCAUCAUUGCAAACAUUUCACCUCUCGAACAAUAAAAUGAAUGGAACAAUUCCAGAAAGCAUUGGGAAACUAUCAAUGCUUGUUUCAUUGAACCUUGCUCAGAAUUCUUGGAAAGGUGUCCUAGUUGAAGCUCAUUUUCAAAAUCUCACCCGGUUAAAAUCCCUUACCCUGUCUACGAAACUUUCUGCAAAGUGGACAUUGGUUUUAGAUGUCAAACACGAUUGGGUUCCUCCUUUUAAGUUGAGAGAUAUUCAGUUAACAAACAUGUGGAUUGGCCCAAACUUUCCAGCAUGGAUAAAAACACAAAAUGAACUCAAUUCUUUGUCACUCAACAAUGUUGGCAUUUCUGACACCAUUCCGCAUGGCCUUUGGAAAUCUUGCCCAAAGGUCACAUUUUGGAGUCUAUCCGGCAACAAACUACGUGGGCAGGUACCAUACUUUCAAUUUCACCCUUCGGCAUAUUAUUUUGAUUUGAGUUCCAACAACUUAGAGGGUCCACUCCCACUCUUUCCUAGUAAUUUGAGUGACAUAUCUCUCUAUAAGAAUAUGUUUUCUGGACCUAUUCCUGAAAACAUAGUGGCGCUACUACCCAAGUUGUCUUGGUUGGACCUGUCUUCAAAUACAAUUACUGGUAGGAUUCCACAUUCUAUUGGAAUGCUAAAGGAAUUGACAUGUCUUAUUUUGAGAAACAAUUCUCUAUCCGGGAAACUACCUAGUCAUUGGAAGGAUUUACAACUGUUAUGGGUGUUGGACUUAUCAGAGAACAAUAUAUCCGGUAACAUUCCCAUAUCAAUGCGACAUCUGGGUGCAUUAGGGGUAUUAUCAUUGGGCCAAAAUCAUCUUGAAGGAAAGCUUCCCACUUUCUUUAGAAACUAUGGAAACUUGCAAACCCUUGAUCUUGGAGGAAACAGAUUCUCUGGAAAACUUCCAACAUGGAUAGGAGAAAGUCUACCAUCUUUAUUGAGGAGCAAUCCCUCAAUGUUUAGGAAACUUCAGUUCUGA